CGACCUUGCUCCUCACGCCCACAGAGGGCCUGAUCGUCGUCGUCUUUCUUCCUGCAGGUCUGCCUACUGAAGGUCACCGACUACCUGGACUGCACCCCGCUUCACUGAGGGUAGAACGAUGCUCGUUUUCGACGGCGACUCGGACAGCAUCCAGAAGGAGAAGGAGGAGCUUCCGUCUUAUCUGGCGUCCCCGACGAUCGACUCGACGGAUGUCCGCGAGAAGUACCCGGAAACGGUGCUCGUCAUCGAGGAAGACAAUGUCGCACACGAAGCGAAGACGAGGAUUGGGAAGCUGCUGCAUCGAAUUACUAGGCAGCUUGCGAAGUGGGGCUUGGAGGUCAAUGGGAUAUCCCCAAUUCCGGAGGAUCAGCGGACGGACAAACGCUUGUAUCAAUUCUUCUUCGUCUGGUUCUCCGCGAACGCGAACAUCUUGACACUCAGCGCUGGGACUGUCGGGCCUGCGUAUUAUAGCCUAGGCAUCCGCGAUUCAUUUUAUGUGAUCCUAGUCGUCGACUUGAUCACCUGUGCCUUUCCAGCGUUCUUCGCGACGUUUGGUCCAAAACUGGGGACGCGCUCGAUGGUGCAAAGUCGAUUUACGUGGGGGUACUACGGUGCCAUCAUUCCUAGUCUGCUGAACGUACUGUCGAUGCAAGGCUACCUCGUCGUGAACAGUAUCAUUGGCGGACAAGUGCUCGCCGAGGUAUCAGGCCACCUGAGCGCAACGGUCGGGAUCGUCAUCAUUGCUCUCACUACAUUAAUAAUCACGUUCUGCGGUUCCCGGGUCCUCCAUUGGUAUGAAACGCUGAUCUGGAUACCCAACGUGAUCGCCUUCAUUGUCAUGCUGGCCGUCGGAGGCAAGAACCUUAUUAACGCACCAGUGGUGAACCCCGAGCCUGCGCCGGCAUCGAUGUUCAUGUCCUUCGGCGCGUCCCUCUCCGCCACCGUCGUGGCCUGGGCGACGCUCACUCCGGACCACGGUGUCUACCACGACAAAGACGCGUCGGCGUGGAGGGUCUUCAUCUAUGCGUACCUCGGAUUCUUCGUUUCCAGCCUCCCUGCACACAUGUUAGGCGCGGCAUUUGCUGCUACCGCGGUUUACGUCCCAGAAUGGGAAACGGGGCUGGGGGAUGGGAACGACGUCGGAGGGCUGGUCGCGGCAAUCCUCUCUCCAACUGGCGGGUUCGGCAAGUUCAUGCUCGUGCUCCUCAGUCUCACCGCGCCCAGCGCGUGUGCGCCGACGAUGUACACUGUAUGCACGAGCUUCAUGACCAUCCACCGCAAGUUCGCGCGCGUGCCGCGCUUUGUCGUCGCCGUGGUCUCCACUGCUAUAAUGAUCCCGAUAGCCAUAGUCGGCGCUACCAAGUUCUACAGCACUUUCGUCGACAUCCUCGCGCUCAUCGGGUACUGGCUCGCGCCCUACUGCGCGAUCGCCCUGACCGAGCACUACCUCUUCCGACGCGGGUCCUACUCGCUCACCGCCUACGACGUCCCGAACGCAUGGGACACCCCGCGCCAUCCCAACCUCCCGAGCGGGUUCGCGGCCAUGUGCGCGCUCGGGGCGUCCGUCGCGAUCAUCGUGCCGUGCAUACAGCAAGUGUGGUACACAGGCCCGAUCGCGGCGCACGGCACGGGCGACAUCGGGAUGCUCAUGGGCUUCGUGGUCAGCGUGCCCGUGUACGCGCUGGCGAGGGCGGCGGAGCUGUGGUAUAUCAGGAGGAGGGCGGCGCGGAGGGAGAGCAAGGGCGUCGAGGAGGGGCGUGGGCCUAGUAAUAUGGCGCCGCGCGCGAGGGGGGCGGGGGACUUGUUUCGACUUUGGUAGUAAACCAUGGUGGAACUUUUAACGUUAUAUGGAGAGGCGCUACUUACAGCAUCGCACUUUGC